AUGGACCAGUUCAGUGACAAGGUGCAGACGUUGGUAUUCGUCAAGCAAGAAAUGGACGAUAAUGCAGCGCUUGGGAAGCGGCCAGACUCUACGGAGAUCCUGCAAGACAUCGAUGCUGCAGACAAGAAGACUGCAAGCGCCGCCGGCGACAAGCGGCACGCGUGCGGGCAGUGCGGCGAGCGCUUUCCCCACUUCGAGACGCACACGGGCGAGAAGCAGUACGUGUGCGCCGUGUGCGGCAAGGGCUUUGCGCACGACUUCAACUUGAACCUGCGAUACGGGAAGGGCUCCGCGCAGGCCUGCAACUUGAACCUGCGAGUGAGGUCGCACACGGACGAGAGGCCGUACGUUUGCGAGGAGUACGGGAAGGGCUCCGCGCAGGCCUGCAACUUGAACCUGCGAGUGAGGUCGCACACGGACGAGAGGCCGUACGUUUGCGAGGAGUACGGGAAGGGCUCCGCGCAGGCCUGCAACUUGAACCUGCGAGUGAGGUCGCACACGGACGAGAGGCCGUACGUUUGCGAGGAGUACGGGAAGGGCUCCGCGCAGGCCUGCAACUUGAACCUGCGAGUGAGGUCGCACACGGACGAGAGGCCGUACGUUUGUGAGGAUUGCGGGAAGAGUUUUCCCGGCUGCUCCGACAUGAAGAGGCACGCCAGGACGCACGCGGGCGAGAGAACGUACGUGUGCGACGAGCGGCACUCGGUGACUCACGGGGAGUGA